AACCAUGGAGGGCCUUGUUUAAUCUGGAUUCCUCACCAUACUCCUAAUUGACAUUUUAAUUAGCAUAACACUUGAGCAGCAUCAAUCAUGGCUGAGAGGGCAAACUUUGGAGCUCAGAGGGUCUCCAGGCCACAGGGCUCACUCCCUCCAGAACCCAUUGACAUCAUCCGGACCAAAGCCAGAUCCAGAAGAGUCCGGAUCAAUGUGGGCGGCCUGGUCCACGAGGUGCUAUGGAGAACCUUGGACCGACUGCCGCGAACCCGCCUGGGCAAACUCAGAGACUGCAACACCCAUGAAACCUUAAUGGAGAUCUGUGAUGACUACAGUCUGAAUGACAAUGAAUAUUUUUUUGACAGGCACCCGGGUGCCUUUUCCUCCAUUUUAAACUUUUACCGGACUGGAAAGCUGCACAUGAUGGAAGAGAUGUGUGCUCUAUCCUUUGGCCAGGAGCUUGACUAUUGGGGCAUCGAUGAGAUCUAUCUGGAAUCGUGUUGCCAGGCCCGGUACCAUCAGAAGAAGGAGCAGAUGAAUGAAGAACUGAGGAGAGAAGCCGAAACGCUGAGGGAGAAGGAAGGAGAUCAGGUGGACACAGGCUGCUGUCCGGACAAAAGGCAGAAGCUCUGGGAUUUGCUGGAGAAACCAAGCUCUUCAGUGGCUGCCAAGGUUUUGGCCAUAAUAUCAAUUCUGUUCAUCAUCCUCUCAACCAUUGCACUGUCACUAAAUACACUGCCAGAGUUACAAGUGAUUGAUGAAUUUGGACAGUCCAAUGACAACCCAAACCUGGCCCACGUCGAAGCCGUUUGCAUCGCCUGGUUCACGAUGGAGUACCUUCUCCGCUUUCUUUCUUCUCCCAACAAGUGGAAGUUCUUCAAAGGACCACUAAAUGUCAUUGAUCUCCUGGCCAUCCUCCCCUACUACGUCACAAUAUUUCUUACCGAAUCCAACAAGAGCGUCCUCCAGUUCCAGAAUGUGCGCAGAGUGGUUCAGAUCUUCCGGAUCAUGAGAAUCCUGAGAAUCCUGAAACUCGCCAGACACUCAACUGGUCUCCAGUCUCUUGGCUUCACGCUGAGAAGAAGCUACAAUGAACUCGGACUGUUGAUUUUGUUUUUAGCCAUGGGCAUCAUGAUCUUCUCCAGUCUGGUGUUCUUUGCUGAAAAAGAUGAAGAUGCCACAAAAUUCACCAGUAUUCCCGCUUCGUUCUGGUGGGCAACAAUCACCAUGACAACUGUGGGUUAUGGAGAUAUCUAUCCCCAAACUCUUCUAGGCAAAAUAGUGGGUGGUCUCUGUUGUAUUGCUGGCGUAUUAGUGAUCGCUUUGCCCAUUCCUAUUAUUGUCAACAACUUCUCCGAGUUCUACAAAGAACAGAAGCGUCAAGAAAAGGCAAUCAAGCGAAGAGAAGCUCUUGAAAGGGCCAAGAGGAACGGGAGCAUUGUAUCGAUGAACUUAAAAGAUGCCUUCGCUCGCAAUAUGGAACUGCUGGAUGUUGUAAUAGAAAAGAACGAGGACAAGGCCGCAGACAAUCACCUUUCACCCAGUCGCUGGAACUAUCAGAAGAACCCCAACUCAGAAUUGGGUUCAAAAGGCUACGACUCCAAAUAUCAAGAAGUUGGCCAGUUGGCUUCUCCAGAACGAGUGUUCAGAUCUACUCCAAGCCCCCAACGGUUGAAUGCGAAAUCCCUUGAGCAAAUGUACAACCAGAUGACGGCCGCCUCGUCCAUGAGCAGCAGUGGACCUUCAGCUUCCAAAGUGAGCACCGUUGUUGGUAGAGAAGAAGAGAUGGAGAUGAAGGUCGUACAGUGUGAACCACGGCUCAAAGAGAAACCGGUCACUGAGAUCAGAAGCCUGUCCAGCGUGGACAGCUUUGCGAGCUGUGCCACAGACAUCAGUGAAGUCGAAAGAAGCGCACUUCUUCCUAAUUUUGCAGGAAGGCAUCCACGUGCUCCUCCACCGCUCGACCUCAGCCAGAUCACCUCCCUGGAGAAACGAGCAAAGCAGCCCACCAUCAUCAAAGAAGGCCUCUAUGAGUUUGUCCCAUGCAAGUCAGAUGGCAGCAGCACCAUGUCGCAGGGCGAGGAGAACCAAAGCUUCGAUCAAAGUGACGAAAAUGUGAGAAGCCCUCCUCAAGGUAACCAAGUCAAACUUAAAGGACUCAAAGUGAACUUCACUGAAUCUGCAGAGGAAGGGGCGUCUAACUUGCACUUAGUGGUGACGGAUGAUGUAGCCACUUUGACACCAAAGGUCCCAGUAUCUGACCCAUUACUGCUGGCGGGUUCUCCACGCCAAAGCCCCAGGGCUCCUGAAGGGGACGGAGCCACAAGCUCUCCAGGGUUCAGCCUGUCGUCUUCUGAAAGCCAAAGAGGGAGAAACCACGUCGAUAGAGCCGCUGUUACUCCCACGUCCCCUAAAAGUGCACAAAACUGUGCUUCUACCACGGCUGGUGCCGUCGGAGCAGAAGACAACAUUCAAAGUGGACAGAAGGUAGACAACCACCUCCUUUCCCCUGAUAUCUUCAAAUCUUCAGGGGAUGGAGGUCGCUCACCUCCAUGUGAAACUAGCAUGUGAGCUGCGUUAUUCACAGAACAAAAGCAUCCGAGUAUGUGGACAGAAAGAGGCAUACUGAUGUAGUGAAGGGGAUUUUCUUGUCUUUCUUCAACACUAUUGAACUGCAGAGCCGCAGAGAUUGAAUUAUGAUCCUGAGAGACAAGGUCUGCUCUCGACUCCAAGAGCUUAGUGAUAUUCAUUCAGAGGGCGGACGUUAAAGAACAAAACAUACUUUAAUCGUUCUAACAUUGUUAUUUUGUAACAGUAUUACCCUCCAUGUGAAGGACUAGCUAGCUAAAUCAUAUAUCUUUUUAACCAUUGAUUGAUUCAGGCAAAUGCGAUAAGACACCGCAACUGUUCAUUGUAGAUUUGCAGCCCACUGAGCAGUUUAAAGACUAAUCACUGUCUAAUUCGUGUUGGGUUGGUUUAAUAGUUCUGACCAAAGUGCUACCAGUGGAAAUUGGCAGUUAGACUUGAAAGAAUAUUUUUUUUGACCAAAAUAUGCCUUCAUUUGACAUUUUUCUGCUGAGCAAGAUUCCUCAGUGGUUACAGAAGCAGGUUUUCAAGUCUCUUCACAAAUAGAGAUCAAAUCAAAUUCCAUAUUGAACUUUUAACUGUCCCUGAGUAAUUAAUAGAAGUUAAACUUCCAAGAACACAACACAUCAGUACUAAAUAUCUACAUGAGCAUGUGUGUUUCAGUUUGCAUCACUCUGUAUAGAUGAGCCAUAGCAUUUUUAGAAAUACAUAAAUUAUUUGAAUAGUUAGCAUGUUUACUGCUGUGGGCAACUCUCCACAUCAGUGAAUCUGUAUGGAAAGAUCACUGUUUAUAUGUUGCCUUCAAUUCAGAAUCAGCCGAGGGAAACCUAUGAUGGCCAUAGUAAAUCAACUAUGCCCUCUGCUGGAUGAAGGAAAUGGCACUUUAUUUCUAUGAGAUGUCAGCUCGACUGGAUGGGAAUAUUGUACAUUUUAAGAAUGUUUUUUUUUUUUCUAAUGUGUUCCUCUCCUGAUGUGCAAUACGGUUUGCCCAGGUAACAGGGAGGUCAAAUGGACGUCAACAAAGUGGAGAAGCUUGAGUGACUGUAUGAUUUGUAUAUUAAUUGUACAUUCAAGACAUUAUCCGCUACAUCAAUUUAGUGUAGAAACACAGGUUGUGUGAUGUCAAUUGUACUUAAGUGGUUUUUAAAACAAACUAGGCGGGAAUACAAAUCCUGCUAUAAGUAUUCAAAUCGGUGCCUUUUCAUAAACAGUCAUUUAUGAGAAGGCGUUAAGAUCUUUGGUUUGGUUCAGACAAGUCUGUACAGAAAGUCCUACUUUUUAUAGAGACAAAUAUGCAAAUAUAAUUAAGUUCUCAGGUUUUUUAAUAUAAUCUCGAAAACCCUAAUGUUGAAGUAUGUGAAAACCAUUGUCUGUCAGUCAAAACACAAGGUGAGGGAACAACGCUGAACAGGUAAAGCACUGCACGUUCAUCUUCUUGCACAAGCGUUGAGCAAAUUUCAUCAAUACAACUUGACUAUUGUAUCUACGUUCAGAAAAAACAGACUUAUUUCUGCAUAUAUCAAAUUUGUUUUUCAUUAAGUUCGGAUCCUAGUUUGUAUAUUAAUGUGACAUUGUUUAUAGCUGUACAUCUUUUCUUUGAAAUAGUGACUGCAUUGUUCCAGAAACCUAGAACCACCAUUAAACAAAUAAAUGUUUGUACAAGACACUACGGGCAUGUUCUUUAAGGCAUCAUCCUCAUCUCAAAGUGGUUUAAUAGCAAGUCGCUUCAUUAGAUGUGGCAAGAUGUAGCAUCUUUGAUGCGUUUUGACUUCAGAGACACGUGCUUCACAGUGCAUAUCAGUAGAAACUGAAGUGUCACAAUAAACAGAUGCCAAGAAAUAAAUCUCA